UAAGGUUAUGUGGCGCCCAGCUGACACUGAUUUGCCAGUGGUCUGGCUUCUCGGAGUUGGGGUUGCUUGGUGGGGUAUUGGUGUAGCUCCCGAGCCAAGCGGCCGCAGCCGUUUUACCAGAGCCCUUCGCUCUGGGCGGCCCACUGCCGGCUCUGAUAUCUGGGGGUGAGGACAGGGAGGGUUCGGCUGGAGAAGGGAAAACAUUGCCGAUCUGGGGCUCAGGACGGAGAAAGGAGUCUCGGAGUCCAAGGGAGAUGGACAGUCGUGAUGGCUGCGCUUAUGGAAGUAGAAGCAGGAGGUGGAUUUUAGAAAAACGAUUCCACGUUCUCCAGACUAUUCCGAAGACUUUUGUAUCUGUUCCCUGAUUUGAUUUGAUUUGUUGCCCUGUGCUAUACUGUGGCUCUGGAUAGUUGGGUGUGUUUAUUGUCACUGAGCAUAAGGUUGGAGAUGCUAUUUACCCAGGGCUGUAUUGUUUGAGGCGCUUUACCUGCAGCUUUAUUUCUAUACUGACGGGAAAAUAAGCCAUAGUUUUAAAACUGAACGGAGGGUUCCCGUGGCAGCCUUUCACCACGUUUGCUUCAAACUUUGACCACUUUUUCUCACCAAGAUGAGUACACGCCGUUCCUCCUUUCCUUUUGACCCUGAGCGCCAAGUCCGGAGCACGUUGAAGAAGGUCUUUGGGUUUGACUCUUUUAAGACGCCUUUACAAGAGCGAGCGACCAUGGCUGUAGUGAGAGGUGACAAGGAUGUCUUUGUGUGCAUGCCCACAGGGGCAGGAAAAUCCCUCUGCUAUCAGCUUCCUGCCCUGUUGGCCAAGGGCAUCACGAUUGUAGUUUCUCCUCUCAUUGCUUUGAUUCAGGACCAAGUGGACCACUUGCUGGCCCUGAAGGUACCAGUGAGUUCCCUGAACUCAAAGCUCUCAGCACAGGAGAGGAAGGAGCUGCUGUGUGACCUGGAGCAAGACAAACCCCGGACCAAGCUUCUGUAUAUCACCCCGGAGAUGGCAGCUUCUGCCUCCUUCCAGCCCACCCUAAACUCCCUGCUGUCCCGCCACCUGCUGUCUUACUUGGUGGUGGAUGAAGCUCAUUGCGUGUCCCAGUGGGGGCACGACUUCCGUCCUGACUACUUGCGCCUGGGUGUCCUGCGCUCUCGCCUGGGGCAUACCCCAUGUGUGGCUCUGACCGCCACAGCUACCCCGCAGGUCCAAGAGGACGUGUUUGCUGCCCUUCACCUGAAGCAACCAGUGGCCACCUUUAAGACUCCCUGCUUCCGGGCCAAUCUCUUCUAUGACGUGCAGUUCAAGGAGCUCAUUUCUGAUCCCUAUGGGAACUUGAGGGACUUCUGCCUUAAGGCUCUUGGACAGAAGGCUGAUGAAGGGGGGUCCGGCUGUGGCAUUGUCUACUGCAGGACUCGAGAGGCUUGUGAACAGCUGGCCAUAGAGCUCAGUUGUAGGGGCGUGAGUGCCAAGGCCUACCAUGCAGGGCUGAAGGCUGCUGAAAGAACGCUGGUACAGAGCGAGUGGAUGGAGGAGCGGGUCCCCGUAAUUGUUGCGACCAUUAGUUUCGGGAUGGGAGUGGAUAAAGCCAACGUCAGGUUUGUUGCCCACUGGAAUAUCGCCAAGUCUAUGGCUGGGUACUACCAGGAGUCUGGCCGGGCCGGCAGGGACGGGAAGCCUUCUUGGUGCCGCCUCUAUUACUCCAGGAAUGACCGGGACCAAGUCAGCUUCCUGAUCAAGAAGGAAAUAGCAAAACUCCAGGAAAAGAGAGGGAACAAAGCGUCCGAUAAAGCUACUCUCUUGGCCUUCGAUGCCCUGGUGACCUUCUGUGAAGAACUGGGGUGCCGCCACGCUGCCAUUGCCAAGUACUUUGGGGACGCACCACCUGCCUGCGCCAAGGGCUGCGACCACUGCCAGAACCCUGCGGCCGUGCGGAGGCAGCUGGGCGCCUUGGAGCACAGCAGCGGCUGGAACAAGACCUGCAUCGCACCCUCCCUGGGCAGUGGCUUCGACCCUGAGCUGUAUGAGGGAGGCCGCAGGGGCUACGGGGGCUUUAGCAGGUACGACGAAGGUUCUGGAGGCAGUGGGGACGAGGGCACAGAUGAGGCCCACAAGCGGGAAUGGAAUCUCUUCUAUCGGAAGCAGAUGAGCCUGCGCAAGAGUAAAGACCCCAAGGCAGAAGAGUUCAUCCCCCCAGAUGAAGACUGUCCCCUGAGAGAGGCUUCCAGCAGGAAGAUUCCCAGGCUCACGGUGAAGGCCCGCGAACACUGCCUGGGGCUCCUGGAGGAGGCGCUGAGCAGUAACCGCCAGGCGAUGGGCACAGCCGAGGGAGCUGACCUCCGGGCCGAGGCUGUGGAGCUGGAACAUGAGAUGUUCCGAAACGCCAAGGCGGCCAACCUGUACAAGGCCAGCGUGCUGAAGAAGGUGGCCGAGAUCCACAGAGCCUCCAGGGACAGGCAGCUCUACGCCGAGGGAGGUGGCGCCAAGGGUCACAGUGCACAGGCUGAGAGCCUGGAACCCAGCGAGUAUGACAUCCCACCGGCCUCCCAGGUGUACUCGCUCAAACCCAAGCGGAUAGGAGCUGGUUUCCCCAAAGGCUCCUGCCCGUUCCGGACGGCCUCUGAGCUGAUGGAGAAGACACGGACCGACGAGCAAGCCUCUCUGCCCACGCAGGGAGGGGAGCAUGAGGCCCCCAGCCGGCCCUUCAGCCUCGAGGAUGAGGACAGGAGUGAGCCCCUCUCUGGGCCCAGAGGAGAGGCCCCUGGAGAAAGGGCUCACGGUGGGGGGCACUCCCCUGGGAAGAGAGUGAAAGGCCCCUCUGGGAGCAGUUCCAUUGCCAAGGCCCCCACCAAGAAGAAGCAGCAGCUCCUAGCCGCGGCGGCCCUCAAGGACUCUCAGAACAUUGCCCGCUUCUGCAGAAGGGCAGAAAACCCACCCCCGCCCUCUGUGGUCCCCGGGGCAGAAGGCACCAGCUCCUCCAAGAAGUGCUCAGACGAGGAAGCUGGAGCCCCUUCCCAGACCAAGGAGGGCUCCGGGGAAGGGCUGGGCACCUGCCCACUCAGAGAUCACGGGCCCCCUGGAGCCCCACCCAGUCCCCCAGAGGAGACACAGCCAGGCAAGCGGCCCAGAGCCCUGCAGGAGAACCCAGAGAGCCAGGCUCAGAAGAGGCCUCGCCCCUCAGCCACGCCCUCCAUCUUAGCCGAGGUCAAGACCAACGUCUCGGCCAGUGACCAGGAAACCGUGAACCCCUCGGGUCAAGACCCCUGCCAGCCCUCAACCCCUGGCACCUCCCUGAAGGAGGCCGCGAGUGUCGUCGUCAAGUGCCUGACGCCCUUCUACAGGGACGGCAAGUUUGCAUCUAAGGAACUAUUUAAAGGUUUCGCCCGCCACCUCUCACACCUGCUGACACGGAAAACCUCUCCUGGGAGGAGUGUGAAAGAAGAUGCCCAGGACCUCAUCGAGCAGUUUUUCCACGGCCGGGCCCGGUGCGAGAGUACAGCUGACUGGCGUGACCUGCAUGGCCCACAGAGAUGACCAGCUCCAGAUCCCAUCAUGGGCCAGCCUGGGCCCAUCCAGGAGCGGGCAGGCCUGCAGAUGCCCAGGGCCUCAGCUUUCCUCAGGGCCCUUCCUGCUUCCUGUCACAUCUGACACUGAGGACGGUCCCAAACACUUCCCAGCUCAAGGCCAGAGGUCAGCCUCCGAUUUCUGCUUACAAAGCCCGAGUCCUUUCUGGGGCCUUCCUCCUCUCCUGGUCUUUAUGGCUGGGUUUUCUGGGCAAGAUCCCCAGGUGGAAAGUGGUAAGUGGUGGGGCUGCCGCCGGGGAAGGAGCGGCCCCUGCACCUCUUGUACAUACGUUUUAGCCAGGGGCGAAGCCUACCUCUCCAGGUUAUAGGGCCUACUCAGGGAGCCCCUGCCAGCCUCGGGUCCUCCGCUCACCGCCCUCCCGAGAUGCCAGCCGCCAGCCUUGGCAUGGUACGGAGCUCGUGAAAAGAGCCAGGCCCGCUCCCUGCCUCCGCUCCUGCUCAGGAAGGCCAGGCGGGCUGCAGCGUUGACCGGAGGAAUAAAGGCCUGCUCGUGCUGA